GGGAUUUCGUCCUUACCAGAUACUUUCCGGCUGUCUUCGUUGAGAAGAGCGUUUGCCAACAGGUCUCAGGGACAGUUGUGUACGGAUAUCAAUAAUGCAUAGAGUGGCAAGAGACAUGGCGUCGGAGUGGGGAGAAUACGUGAAGUGAUAAAGGAGAGUCCUGGGAGAGCAGCGUCGGCAUAUAGUCUGGAUUCGGGGGUAAUAAAGCACGAAGUGGGCAGAACACAAACAUUAAAGCAGGAUGUGAGUGCACGUGAUAUCAGCUAAACAGACGUGAUUCAGAGUACGGGAGAGACUUAAAUAAAGAAGGAUAUAUGCAUGAAAUACGUGAAGAAACGAGAAAAAGUUAAAUCAGAGAGGGUCGGAUUGAAAAAUACAGUUCGGGAUCCUCUAAUCUGUUAAGACUGUGUCCUCGAUCGAUAUGAAAAAUGCCUUCAAGCUCAGUCUUUGUACUUUUUCACGUGUGUAGAAACGGGGUCAGGUGAGGCACCAGGCUGGCCAAGUUGACGGCUUCAGGGAAAUACGAGAAGGAAAAAAUGAAAAGGAACACAGGAGAGACAGCUUUGGAGCGGUGACAAGACGCCGUGUGCAUCAUUAAACUUUUAAAAUCCUUGUAUUUUUUUUAAACAGUUUGAUAUUUCUUUACUCAUAUUUAAUCUCAGUCUAAGAGGACACACUUUGAAUUUAUAUAUUUUACGUGAUAUUUGUUAUUUUUUCUAAAUGAUAGUCACAAGCUUCUGAUUCGCUUUGCAGUGUUUUUUUUUUUACUUUUCGUCAUUAGCACAGUGUCUCAUUUACAUUUGGAAAGGUUGACGUUGAACUUGGAGGAGAUCACAGUUACUGGAUGCUAAACAAAUAUUGGCCUGCCAUUUUAAUGAGCUAAUGGGGACUAAUCAACACCUUUUCUGCGACGUAGAUGGUUAUCAAUAAAAGUAUGAGACGGGAACUGAGUUUGGGAAACUGUAUAUACUCUGAAGAACAUACCGAGAACGGCACAAUUCGACUGGCCAGUGCAGUAAAUUUUAACUUAAUUCUGACUUGAGAAGAAAAUGUGGCUUCAGCAAAGACUCAAAGGUUUACCAGGUUUGCUGUCUAGUAGCUGGGCUAGGCGGUUACUUGCUGGACUACUCCUGUUGUUAAUCAUGUACUGGUAUCUAACUUCUGAUGGUAUCCUGCGUCUUUUAACUAACAGUUCAGUACCCCGAGGCGUAACAGGGGUAUGCUUACAAUCUGAGAUGCAACGAUGGAAGGCACUGGUGGACAGAGGUGAUGGAAUUAUAAUUGAACCACAAAGCAUUGUAUCUGGGCCAGCUCUAGUUGGCAAUGGCUAUGUUAUGGUAGACAUUGAAACAAACACGCUUUGGGUUUCUUCACAGACUGGUUCCAUCCCAGCUCACCAUACAGAUUACCCUCCACUGGUUGCAUUGAAACUGGAUGAGGUACGGGCAGAAGCACGGGCUUCAUUGCUUUGGUUUCGUAAAGGAUCAGUGCUGUCUGUACAAUGCUUACUCCCUGGUCAAUCCCAAGCUGCACGGAACUGUGUUACUCUCCGAGAAGAGUAUCUUGCUCAUCGCAGUCGUCCCCAUUUAUACAUCCAGAGGAUAUACAUCUCAAAUCCAACUGAAAAAGUUGCUGUCUUUGAUGUGUCUUCUCCUUCACCUUCCUUUGGGGGCAAAUUUUCUUCCAGCAUAGAAAAAAUAGAAGACAAAGAGUUUAUUUUAUCGUCAGGUAGGGUAGUAACAGAGAAGAACCAGGUUAUGUUGGUAAUUAUCAUCUCAAAGAAGAUUGGCAGCAAGCUGCAGGUUGCUGCUAAGUCUGAGUUUGCAGAAAAUGUCUUAUCGGUUGUCUUCACUUCUGAACCUAUCGACUCCUCUGCAAAGGUAGAAGAGGUGUUUAGCAGACUGAGGGACAGCGCAAAAAAAGAGAUGGCAGAGCUGUUGAGGAUGAGUAUGGAAGAUCUAUACCAGGAACACCAACAGGCCUGGAAUAAUCUUUUCCUAUCUGGCAUAGAAAUGAGAAAGAUUACAGAUUUUCACACGCCUUCUGGUGUCACAGUAAACAAGACCCUUUAUUAUGUGCUGUCCUCAUCUCCUGCACCACUUCUGGAAAAGAAUCUGAGUCCUGAAGAUAAUGAAAGGCUUGAGUCCAGUUUGAACUAUGCUGACCACUGCUUCAGUGGGCAUGCCACUAUGCAUGCUGAGAACCUGUGGCCUGAACAACUGCAUAGUGCUGCCCACAUUCUUCAGCUUGUCACCCUCUGGAACCUCACAUUACAAAAGCGUGGUUGUAAGGUGCUAGUAACAGCUGGAGCCCAGGGGGUAAUGCAGGGAAUGGUCCUGAGCUUUGGAGGGCUACAGUUUACAGAGAACCAUCUACAGUUUCAGGCAGACCCUGAUGUAUUGCACAAUAGCUACUUGUUACAUGGUAUCCACUACAACAAGGACUUGAUAAACCUUGCUGUACUCCUGGAUACCGAGGGAAAGCCCUUUCUGCACGUACUUGUCAAGUCUCAGGACACGCCAGUAAAGCUUUAUGCAUGUGAGGCAGGCUGCACUAAUGAACCAGUGGAGCUUACAUCUGAGGUCAAAGGCCACACAUUCCCAGUUUUGGUGACUCAGCCUAUCACCCCUUUGCUCUACAUUUCAACAGACUUGACCCACCUACAGGAUUUGAGACAUACUUUACACUUGAAGGCCAUACUUGCUCAUGAAGAGCACAUGGCAAAGCAGUAUCCUGGAUUACCAUUUUUGUUUUGGUUCAGUGUGGCAUCCCUCAUAACUUUGUUCCACCUGUUUCUCUUCAAACUAAUCUACAAUGAGUACUGUGGACCUGGCGCUAAACCACUCUUCCGAAGCAAGGAUGACCCCAGUGUCUGAGAGAGAUUGCAAGCCCAUGGACUGCUGACUACUCAACAGAAGAUGUUCAAGUGCUUAAAGAAAUCGGAUUUAAAUUGAUCUGUCUUUUGGGGGUGGGGAUGAAAAUUGUUUUAUAUGGAAUGAUACAUAUAUGUUUUGGUAUCUAGAAAAUAAUGAAAAGAAGCAGUUAAAAUGGAAAGAACAUCAUAAUAUGGAAGCUGUGAACUGUGGUAAGAGUGGUUAGAUCACAUUAAUUUAUUUCAUGUAUUGUUUCUCAUAAUGUACAUAAUUCUGAAGCAUGUAAACCAGAUAUACACAAAUAAUUCUUCCAUAUGUACUGAAUAUGCAAGGCAGUGAUGUUAAACGAUGGGAUCUGAAGCCAAGGCAUUGUGGUUUUAAGUUGAACUCUUUAGCAUUUAAGUCACACUGCCCACACGAGGAAAAAAAGCAGAGCCUGCUGGAGGUUCCUGGUUUGUUUGUUUUUUUUUUAUUUUGCAUUUUAGUGAUUUUUGUGUGAUUUGCUGCAGUCUAGCAUUCAAAAUAAUAAAGCUUAAGGUAUUUACAGUUUCAUAUAUGCAGACCCACAUAAUUUGUCGCUGCAUUAAUCAUAAACAUUUAAUUAAAGUUUUCUUUAAAAAUGUUUUAACCUUACUUACUGAAAGUUGGGCAGCAUAAGUAUACCCAAAAAUGAUGUAGCUAGUGUUAUAAAAGUUCCUUAGAUGCAUAGAUUUGCAGUUUUUUCUAGUCCUAGUCCUAGUACAUUUACUUUUAUGUUUCAAUGUGAAAAUUGCCUAUUACAAAUUGGAGUGCACCUGAAUUACACGUGAGAAAUGUCUGUCUUUUUUUAAUGCUUUGUGAAGUAUUUUAAAAGUUCUUUUUCUAAAUUGAUUAGGGUCUGACCCUUAUUUAUUCAAGCAAUACUUAGUAAUGUGCACUAUUGACAUUUAUACAGUAUGUGCAAAAUCCCAGCAAACAUCUAUUGUUUUUUGACAAACACACAUAUUGUCAUACAAUUUCCUAUAAAAACACAAGUUAAAUUUAAUAUGGAUUUUUUUAUGCCUUUGUGCAAAUAAAUGAAAAUAAUAAUUUAAUCACUUAUUGUUAAUUAUAUUUAACAUUAAUUUCAUUAACGAAGAAUUACUAGAACUUGGUAAUUGGUAAAUGUGUGCCUUAGGAUUAUUUUGUGUAAUAUUUGCACUAUAAAGUAAUAUGAAUGUUGGUAGUAAUAGGUGGUCUAAUUAAGGAUUAUAUAGUUAAGUUAUGAUUUUGAGUGUGCUUUUGCAGUUGCAGUCUGAGAUUUUUCCUAGUAGAUUUAUGUCAAAGCAGACUUUGCAGAGGUUUUAAUUAUUGUCACUUUGUGUGGAACUGUCAGGUAGGGUGUAGUCUUUUGGUUACUUUGGCUACUGGUAUAGUAUGAAGAAAGAAACGUGUUAUCUUUAAUUGAUAGAUAGUAACAUUUUUAAAAUAUGUUUAAAAAGAAGAGAUGCCUGAAAAUGUGCAUAUACUGCACUGAAACCUGCAAGUUGUGCCUUGGAAUUUAGAGAGAAGAUGAUCUCUCAGGAAAACAUUUUUUAGGAUUUUGUUUUUCUUUUUUGGGGGGUAAUUGCUGUUUAGGGUAUGUAAUACAAGUGGUUUUUAACUGUCUAGUGUGUUAUGGACUGCUGAUUCUACAUUAUUCCUGUAUAUAAAAUAAAUAUGCAUUUAUGCAUUUGUCUUGGGAUGGGUGCAGUUAUAGUUGUAAGAAAAAAUAAGAAUAUAAUUUGUGCCCGCCUCUUCUCAUUGGGCGUUGGUGUAUUUAAAGUUUGCAUUACAAUAUAAAAUUUAAGACUACUGAAAUAUAGUCAUUGUAAUUUAUUUUUUAUCAGAUACAUUUCCAAAAUGAGACUUUGUAAAUAACAGAUAAAUGAAGUGAUGCCUGUUAUCAGUAAAUUGGUACAAGAUUGCCUUACAACUGUAAAUGACUUAUGAAGUGAAAUUGUAUUUGAAUAGUGUGGCUAACUCAUUUUUCUUGAAUGUUUCUCUUCAAACCCCACAAUUAAAAGUAAUUCAGUCCUAUGUCUUCUGUUAUAUAUCAUUUACAGCCCUAAAAAUUACUACCAGUAUACAGUAUGUAAGACAUAAUUGGAGUGAUAAAAGCAUCUGAUUAAGUAUCAUCUGAGGAUGGUAGUCAUUUUGAUCCUUUUAUUCUGGACAAAGAUAAUAAUGUAAUGCUUGUUUGUUACAGUUCAAAUCCGGCCCAAUCUCUUCUCAUUACCUCUUUUAAAUGUAGAGUAAGAUUUAUCACCUCACCCUACUGUCAGCUUGGCAUAUUUCUGUUGUUACUGUUAAUGUUUCAUUCAGUAGUUUGUUCCUGUCACCUGAUCCUCUGUUUAAUGUGAUUCAAGUAACUAACUAAGUUUUCAAUGGCAUGACUGUGAUUAUUUUAGAAGUUAAGCUGUACUUGAUUCAAUAAAAAUGAAUAUUAUGUCUGUC